AUGGCAACGUCCACACCCAGCAAGAGUCCUAGCCGAAUUUUGGUUAUCAACCCCAAUACCUCCACACAUAUGACGGAUGGCCUCAAGCCGAUAUUGAAUCAGCUCAACUAUACCGAUGUACAAUUCGAAUACUUUACAGCGCCGAACAGACCGGUCACUGUAGAUGGACACACAUAUCAGCCAAUUGAAAGCAUCAAUUCAGGCGAAGAGUCCGCCCAAUCAGCCCUCAAUUGCUGGUCUGUCAUUGAUGAAAUACCGCACUUUGAUGCGUUUUUGGUGGCAUGCUACUCAGCUCACCCAUUAGUGGGGGUACUGCGCCAUCAUAUUCAAGAAUUUGAGGCAAAAAAUCCAGGAUCGCCAAAGAAAUACGUCACGGGUAUUUUCGAAGCUAGUGUCACUGCAUCCUUAUCUUUGGUCAGCGCGUUCGAUUUUGUGACACUCGGAGACCUACACAAGGAGCAGGUUAAGGAGUCCUUUGGUAUUGUGACUACUGGUAGUGUCUGGAAAGAGGAGCUUAGCAAAGCCGUUUCCAAGAUGCUGGGCGACACCCAAGGCUCUUCGCGCUUUGCUGGGGUCGAAACGACUGGAUUGACAGCCGUGGAGCUUCAUACAACAGAGCCCGCAGAAGUGAAACAACGUAUCACUGAUGCUACUAAGAGGUUGCUUCAGAACUCGGCCACUCCUGUUGGUGCUAUCUGCAUGGGCUGUGCAGGCAUGGCAGGGAUGGAAGAGGCGGUUCGACAAGGCUGUAUAGAGGCAUAUGGAGAAACAAAGGCCAAUCGAGUAAGGAUUGUCGAUGGUGUUGUUGCAGGAGUUGGAGCGCUGGCGUCAAUGUGCAAAGCGAAUUUUUGA